AUGAGGCCUCCGAUGGAGAAAUAUACAAAUCCCUUCCAAUCUUCAUUUGAGAAACUUUGCUUUAUCACGACUGGUAAACGAUUGUGGCAGGAUGCAAAUGCAGGACUCGGACUCAAGGCUCAGUAUGUAAAAGCAGUUUACAUGGGCGAAAAACGGGGUCUGGUACACAGGAUCAAAGAGAAAUGUCGAGAAUGGGGACCUGCCUGUCUGUCUGAAAACCUAAAAUUAGAAAACAGCAUCGCCGUCAAACUACUAGAGGACAGCACGGCAGAGCCAACCUUCUGGGUUAUCCACAGUGACCCUUCACUGUCCCUUAUUGAGGAGAUCUCUGAGGAGCAGAGGGAGGACAUGUACCCCGUCGUACACACACAAGCCGUUCCACUUGGAUCAGGACAGCUCACAGACGAGACGACGGGGGUAGUGUGCACUCCUGAGACGCUUCUUUCCCACAGAUCGCUGGAACAUGUUUGUUACAAACCUCACACCUGUGCAUUACUGCUGUAUGAAGAGGAGUCCAAAGAGAUGGAGGAGGAGCAGGGGGAUGUACCAGCGGGUGACCAGGAUGGCAGAUGCAUGUUUGAAGGAAAAUUGCAUGGCUUACUGUGCAGCGUGCAGGUGGAUUUCUCCAGCGAGUGGAGCUCUGAGGAUAACACGGACACACACUCUGUGGAUUUACAGCAAAGUGUCUCAGCAGCAGACACUCGUUUGACAGGCAAGACCAUCCUGACUGGUGGCUACUUUCCUCAAGGCCCUGCUAUGAACAGCACUACAGCCUGAAUAAGACUACAACACGAACAGGACAACCUGCACUACAAAAGACAUUUUUAAGAAAGCAUUAGUCUAACGGCAUUUCACCAAGUGAUAAUCUCAGCGACUUUAUGUGUCCAGGGAACAUGAGGCCUCCGGUGAUCUAUAACUGUGAUUGAUGAUGUUUAAGCCAAAUAAAAAUCUGCUUUGACUGA